UGACUCGUGCUGGAACUGCAGUGUAAAAUCAUAUGACAGAGUCAACGCCGAACAUCCACUCUGGUCCUGCAGGGAAAAGCACCCGAACUCGACCCAACUCAAGUGAAACUCCGCUCGGAGGAACUUUCUUCAAACCCGGAGUAGUAGUUUGCGGAGGCGGACGACUCAGAUACCAACGCGGAGAAAAGUUUUGAUACCUCGCCGGAGCUGAAAUUUGACUGGUGCCUGAGAGAGAGAGAGAGGCGGCGGUCAGCGGGUGGAAGCCUGUGCGGUCCUCGCAUCGCCCUCGCCGGGACACUUGCGAUUCAUUCAUCCCCCCCGGUUGUCUUUUUUCCACUUUUUUUAAAACCAGUUAGCCAGGUGACUCUUCAGGUCUCAUCAUGGUCGGAGAGACAGAGGCGAAGGAGAGACCCAAGUCCAACCCGGACUACCUCAUGCAGCUGAUGAACGACCGGAAGGUGAUGAGCUCUUUGCCCAACUUCAGCGGCAUCUUCACGCAUCUGGAGCGACUCUUGGAUGAAGAGAUUGGCCGGGUACGCAAAGACAUGUACAACGACACAGUGAAUGGAGGAAUGUUCAACGGGCGGGACAUGGAGGAGCUUCCCGAAGCCAUCGGUCCAGUUGCUCAACUUCAAGAGAAGCUCUACGUGCCGGUCAAGGAGUACCCUGAUUUCAACUUUGUAGGAAGAAUUCUUGGCCCACGCGGACUCACAGCCAAACAACUGGAGGCGGAGACUGGCUGCAAGAUCAUGGUACGAGGGAAAGGCUCCAUGAGAGAUAAGAAGAAGGAGGAGAUGAACCGAGGGAAACCCAACUGGGAGCACCUGAGCGAGGACCUACACGUCCUCAUAACAGUGGAAGACACACACAACCGGGCCAAGAUCAAACUGCAGCGAGCCAUCAACGAGGUCAAGAAACUGCUGGUACCCGCAGCAGAGGGUGAAGACAACCUAAAGAAAGUACAGCUGAUGGAGCUUGCCAUCCUCAAUGGAACUUACAGAGACGCCAACGUCAAGACACCUACUGCUGCCUUUCCUUUAGCGACCCCUCAGGCUCCUCGCAUCAUCACCGGCCCCACACCAGUCCUGCCACCCACCCUUCGCAACCCAGCCCCUGUUACAACGCCCACCAUCAUGCCCCUGAUUCGUCAGAUCCAGAGUUCCGCCCUAGUGCCGGGUGGCAAUCCUCACCCUGCGCUGGUGCAGCAAGGACCAGAAUCGGGUAUCAUAUACACACCCUACGAGUACCCGUACACACUCACGCCCUCCAUAUUGGAAUACCCCAUUGACUCUACUGGAGUUUUAGGUAUGGCUUUCCCAACCAAAGGCUAAGCGAUAGAACCCCCCCUCCUAGCACACUUGGACUGGCUUGCAGAAAUCCCCUCCCAAUCCCCCUAUACUUGUGCCGCUCAAACCUUAGCUCAACAGUUGGCAGUCGAGUAGUGAAGUGACCACUGCCUUGAUCCGUCAUUGUCCUCCUCGUGUUAGCGGACUAGAGUUGCGGUGUGAUAUCAUAAUCGAAUUAACAUGUUUUCUUUUUUUCUAGUUGAGCUUCUGCUUGUAAUUUUAACACAUUUUAUAGAAACACCAUAGGCAUCAUAGCACGCCCUUUGUGAUUAAUAUAUGUUACAAAGCUCAUACUGAAGGCAAUUCUGUGGAGCGACUUUUAAUCCGAAUACUCAAAGUAAAGCUCAAGUUUAGCGAUUCAUAUCAGUAAUUUACUCUUUAGAAGACAGAACAGAAGACCACAACACAACACUGUGUCUCUUAUGCCUUAACUACGCUACAGUCCUUGCAGAAAGGUGUAAGGAAACAUUUUUUUACCGUACCAGUGUUAUGAAAUCUCCAUUACUAGUUUCGAGAUAUAUCAUGAAGUAUAUGACAGUGUAGCUCUCUGUAUGACUUUACUCAGAGUAUAUGUAAAUAUAAGCUGUGAGGGCUGGCUUACGUAGCUGCUAGAAAGUACGUUUAAUAAAAUGUAUACAUAUAUUAACCAAUUUGGAGGAUAAUCCUUAGAAAAGUAGCUGAGUUUGGUGUACUCAUGGUGAGGCCGUAGCCGUGAAUCGUGAAAAGUCAUGAAUCGCCAGCUAUGGCUGAAUGACCCUGACCAAGUAACAAGCUGGCGUCUAAGCGUUCGCCUUUAGCAAUGACUGGCUAGGAUAUUCAAAGAUUUCUUCCAGUCUCUUGAAAUCUCUGAAAUUCAGAGCUUUAAAGAGUCUUUUCAUUAGUUGCUUUUACAGUCUCUGAAACGACUAGAUAGCCUGUUUUAUUAGUCCUAGCAGAGUCUAUGAAGGGUCUUCACAGUGUUUCAGCAGACUUGGCAGCACUUGAUGAGCCCGUAAACGGGCCUUGAACCGAGUCUUUUCAGAGGGCUUAUUGAAUUUCUGUAUUUUUGAAGAUCUGUUAAAGUUUAAUGUUUCAUCUGAGAAUACUAUUUCAGAUUGUUUGUCUGUUCUUCCAUUAACCUUAGCGAUGUGUUCCCGUGUUUUUCGCUGAAGAAAACUGCCACUAUGGAAGGUAGCAUACGUGAGGCAUAAGACACACUGAUGUUUGACGUAAUCUUCACCCACAGCCUCCAACACUGUGUGAAUUCCGGGUUUCGCUGAUGUUGGUGCCUUGGCUAGACUGUGUGAUGUCUUUUCUGAUGAGUAACCUUCUGUGUUCUGUUUUGGCAAUGUCAUCGCGCUGUUAGCAGGUGCCAUGACCACUAAGGUACGACGCCACGACAAGAGAAUCCAUCCUUACCAAAGGGUAGUGACCACAGACAGAGGUUAGUUAGCUCACCAGCCACUUUAUGUAUGUGUGUUCAUGUGUGUGUGUGUGUGUGUGUUUGUGUGUUAGUGAGUGUGCAUGCGGAGGAAUGGACCAGUUUACAUGUGUCUGAGAUACAGCAUGCCUACAUAAGAAUUAACUGUAUCCGGCAAAGUGUCACACACUGAAGCAGCUUCGGUGUGAAAUGUGAAAAAAAGAAAAACAGUAUUCGUUGCAGUAAAAGAGGAAUAAGUGAGCAGAUUGGGAGGAAUUGGUUAGGGGUCCACAGUAACAGCACUUAUCUGUGCGCGCCUGCUCUGUAAGCUCCUCGGGAUCCUCUCUCAAUUAGAGUGGAUCGCUCAUGUGACUCGGUCCUCGUGACUCUGGAUUUGGAGUCCGCUCUCAGAACUUUUUUUUGUUUGUUGUUGUUUAUCUUUUCUCUUUUAUACCCAACAAGUACUGCGGGAAGUUUUUAUUUAUACCCAUUUUCAUUCCACGAGAUUUCCACAUUUUUAUAUUAUUAUUAUAUUAUUUUUAUUAUAAAGCAAUUCCUGUGUUGUGCCCAAUGAUACUCAAAGUAACAGUGACUGUGUUUCAAUUCAAGUGCAUUAUGGAGGUUUAGCUGGGCUGGGCGGUAUGACGGUACAUCAACGCAAAGGUACCGUUGCAGUUGUCACUUGGACUCUAUCUCGACGAUGCUGUUGAGCAUUAUACGGCUAGCACAUGUGAUACAAAGUACUGCCAUAGUAAGACCAGUCUGUAACUGUAAAUGCUAAUGUAGCAUUAAAAAUAACAUUAAUAAUACACUUGCUAAAUACCCUAAACAACCAUUUCUUGAUAAAUAGACUUGACAAUAGUUUCACCAUUCCAUGAAGCUCAGGUAUGGAUGGAGCUUUUUCUUACUGAGAUUUUAAUAAAGUACAACUGCAGUGUUUCAUCUGGAGUGUGAAGGUCACAAUGGUCUGUAAGAUAUUUCGCUCAGCACUCCUGAGGUCAGUCUUCUGUUCAAAUUAGCUAGAAGGGUCCAAUUGCCAUGGAGUUAGGGUCAGUAUAGAGCCUUCAGAUGGUCGAGUCCUGCUAAAGCCUUCCGAGAGACUGAAGAUGUGCAGACCCAUGGCUGAGCGCAUCCAAAGCCUACAAAAUAGAUUCUUUGAGUCGUUGCAAAACCCUUGGACCGAGACCAUGAUGUAUCAUAUCAAUCUUUUCGGAAUCUGUAAAUGGACCUUUGCAGAGGCUUCCAAUGUGUUUUGCCAAGUUUGUGUAAAGCCAUAAAACAGCAGUGUUGCUGUGAUGAGGAGCGUAUUUAUGAGCAAAGUGCUGCUCACUUUUCUAGGCUCUGAUAGUCAUUGUUGGUUAGGGCCUAUCAGGCCUACUGUAUGGAAACUUGCCAUGAAAAUGUACUAGUGUUUGUUAAAAAAAAUUCACACUCCAGAUCGAGACAACCGCUUUGCGUCCAGAAAACUCAACCGUUUCUUCAAUGGUGACGAGCAGUGGCAACGACAACGGUACAAUUUCAGCGAGUCGAACAAACUUACCGCAGUGUGCCGCGCGUGCCGCUCAGCCCAAAUCUACUACUAAAACACAGAGUGUGAUAACUACUGAAGUCUGUGUUACAAGCUCUUUUGUAUGAAAUAUGGUUGUUUGUGGUCUUAUCAGUCGCCCACUGGACUUUAUCAUUGGGACUGUUUACAUCUUUCAUAUGUUUCCUAGCCAGAGUGGUGCUGUUACCAUGUAUCUAGCUGCAAAUGUGUAUAUAGGGAUAUAAAGUGCUUAUAUCAAGCUUAUGGGACCGCUUGGAAAUACUUGUAGUUGUAUUUGAUAGUUUAUUUAGUUUGUACAUUUUUUUUUUAUUUCUACGGUAUGCUUUUUAUAGUGUCCAUGUUAAAGUUUAUUCAAGAAGUGUGUAGCUACUGUUUUAGCCACCGCCGCACCGGUGGCAAUGACGGCAGUGUCUUUGCUUUGUAUUUAAGAUGAGGUGACCAUCUCUAUUCAAGGCCUCACCACUGUUUUAUGCAAUAGAAGUGAAAUUAGCUAGCUACGAGAUGUAUAUGUGUGCGAGCCGCGACGCUCCUGUUGUACACAAAAACACUAAAAGGCAAUAAAGUCGAUUAUUGAAAAAGCAAUCUGGAAAUAAAACCUGGAGAUUCUUGUAGUUAGAUUGUCUUUUGUGAAAAUGCUCUUCUUAAAAAACAGACCAAAAAGAAAAAAACAACAAUCCUUUAACCUCUCAUUGCCGUCUCUUACUCUCUGCUUAGAUGCUCUUCUAAUUCAUAGUGAUCAAUCCAUAAUCAAUAACUGUGAACCACCUUCUGCUAAACAUGAGCCGCUCCGGUCAGGAGCUGGUCUCCAUGGACGUGAAGGUUGCUCUCUCACCAACAUGACACCAUCUUUCUCUCUGUCUGUCUGCUAGAGCAGCUAGAGCAGCAUGAGUAGCCUCACUAGAGCGGCAGUCACAUGACUGGAGGGCUCUGCUAGCUGGCCAUUCCUUAUGUCAACUCCCCGGAGUUGAUGUGAGCCUCUCAUGCUGUGUGACUGCAGUAGAUCUGCCGUGUUGUCAUCCUGACGCCACUAGCUGACACUAAUCUCUCUUCUAUCUUUUUUUUUCUGUUUAUGUCCCCUUUUAUGUGCCCUUUUUUUCCUCCUCUCCUUUCCUGGUCUGUCUGU